AUCAAUAAACACAAAUCGAUAAUUAAUUGUUAUUGUUAUUGUUAUUGUGGAUAUCGAAUCCAAAUUCCAAUGAGAUUCAAUAAUCUGAUGGAACCUAGCUCCGCUUGUUCCUAUGUCGCUACACAACGUGGUGGUGUAGCAUUAUUAUUUGAAGGCCAUCGUUAUAAUAAAGUACGUGAUGGUAAAGAUGGUACCGUUUAUUGGCGUUGUUCACGUGAUCGACAAUGUCCUGGACGUGCUGUUACUGUAAAUAAUCGGGUAAAAAAAUCCAAUAAUAAACAUAAUCAUCCACCGGAAGCAUCGUUAAUGUUACGUAAUGGUGGUGGCGGUAAUGCACAUCAUCAUCAUCAUCAUCAUCAUUUAAGUUCAAAUGUAUCAUCAUCAUCACGUUAUUCAAAUCAAACAGCAUCGGAUACAUCAUCAACAACAGCA